AAAAGAAAUGGCAAAAAAGAGCUCAAAAAUCCCAGAAAACUUCAUUCGUUUAGAUCAGGAGCCUUGUUCAAGCUCAGAUCCUGGUUCCUUCCCAGUGCCACCCACCAUUGAUAUGAACCAAUUGCUCUCUCACUCUGAGUCUGAGCUUCAAAAACUGCACUCUGCUUGCCAACAAUGGGGCUUGUUUCAGUUGGUGAACCAUGGGGUUAGGCGUUGUUUGUUGGAAGAGGUGAAGCGUGAGAUUGAAGAGUUUUUUGAGGUUCCAUUGGAAGAGAAGAUGAAGUUUGGAAUAAAGGGUGGAGAAGUUGAGGGUUAUGGAAGCAUGGUUCUGUCCCAAGAUCAGAAACUUGAUUGGGGUGAUAGGUUUUACAUCAUAACCAAUCCUAUUUCUAGAAGAAGACCCCAUCUUCUUCCCCGCCUCCCUUCAUCUUUAAGAAACACGUUGGAAUUGUACUUGAAAGAGACGAAGAAGAUAGCAAUGGCGUUGUUGAAGAUGGUGGCAGGAGGUUUAGGGAUGGAUGUGAGGAAGAUGGAGGAGUUGUUUGAGGACGGGAUGGAGGCGAUGAGGAUGACGUAUUAUCCUCCGUGCCCGACACCCGAGUUGGUCGUCGGUCUGAGGCCGCACUCCGAUGCGACGGGGCUGACCAUCUUGAACCAGCUCAAUGGAGUGGAAGGCCUCCAAGUUAAGAAAGAUGGCGUUUGGUUCCCUGUGAGUUUCAUCCCGGAUGCCUUCAUUGUCAACGUUGGAGAUAUUCUCGAGAUUGUGAGCAAUGGGUGUUACAGCAGCAUAGAACACAGGGCAGUAGUGAACUCAGAGAAUGGAAGAAUGUCAAUAGCAGCAUUCUACAAUCCCAGAUUUGAUGCAGAGAUUGGACCAGAAACUUGCAUUUUGAGCCCUCAGAAUCCUCCAAAGUUUAGGACAAUUUUAAUGGAAGAUUAUGUAAAGGAUUUCUUCUCCCAUUCUUUCAAUGGAAAAUCCCACUUGGAGAGAAUGAAGAUCCCAACCCAUCACCCCAAUGCAUCUGCUUAACCAUUUCCUUCAUAUAUAUAUACACAAAUAUAUAUAUAUA